GUAAAUUUUCAAGUUGCAUUUAGUUGAAAUUUGAACAUGAAAAGAAUUAUAUCGCUUGUGUGUUUAGUCGGAUUUGUGCAGGCGUUUUCCUGGGAGUGGGAAGAGUAUAAGCGCAGCCACAAUAAAAUAUACGAGGAUGAGAGCGAGGAGGAGCUUCGAUGGAGGACCUUCAAUGCUAAUAAGGAAAUCAUUGAUAGACACAAUGAACAAUAUGCGGCUGGAAAAGAAACAUUUGAGAUGGGCGUUAACCAAUUCACAGAUCUGUCGCCAAAUGAAUUCGAAAGCUUAAUGCUAAGCAGCCAAAACAUGACUGAAGAUGAGGAAGAUUUGAUUUAUGAUCCCCCUAAAAGUCUGAAAAUUCCGAAAAGUGUCGAUUGGCGAAAAUUAAAUGCUGUUACACCAGUGAAAGAUCAGGGUAAAUGUGGAUCCUGUUGGGCCUUUGCUGCCGUAGCCACCCUGGAGGGUCGACAUUUUUUGAAAACAAAAGAGCUGAUUAAUCUCUCUGAACAGAAUUUGGUGGAUUGCUCGAAAAGAAAUAAAGGCUGCAAUGGAGGACUAAUAACAUGGGCUUUAAAGUAUAUCAAGAAAAAUCGUGGAAUUGAUACAGCGAAAUCGUAUCCCUAUGAAGCUGAACAGCAUCACUGUAGAUUCAGCAAGUUAAACGUAGGAGCUACAGUCCUGGGUAUUAAGAAAGUAAGGAAACGCAGAGAAUCUGAACUAGCUGCAGCUGUUGCCACAGAGGGACCAAUUGGCGUCGCCGUCGAUGCAUCACCUUUUCAUCAUUACAGACGCGGAGUCUUGCGGAAACGUUGCCAUAAGAGAGCCAAUCAUGCGGUGACGGUUGUAGGUUACGGCACAGAUCAUAAGGGUUUGGAUUACUGGCUUGUUAAGAACUCCUGGGGAACACCCUUUGGAGAGAAUGGUUACAUUCGCAUGGCUCGCAAUCAUCACAAUUUGUGCCACAUUGCCAGCCACGCUGUCUACCCAGUAGUUUAAUUGUUGUAAUUGACUUAAAAUACAGAAUUUGAUUUAAUCAUUUAA